CCACCCCCACCACCACCCCCAGCUUUCUCUCCACCACCACCGCCACCACCCCCCCGUCACCGCCACCGCUAACCAAAGUAGUUUUAUUGCAGUGAAUUGCACCAUUCGGAUAAUACGACCGUUCACAAGAAAUCUGCCUCAAUCUGCUUCGUCGAGUGACGCAUACACACACACACACAAACACAUACACCCUUAGUUGGCAUACAAAAAUAUUGAACCAAGGAUGGUUUCCACUCCCGCUAUCACUCAUACCACUCUCGCUACUCCUACUUCAACAAACACCAUCUCAGUCGCUGGUUUCGUCUUCCUCAUCACCUUUGCCCUCAUCUGCAUCUCACACGCACAGGAGCAGCGAAACCGCAGCUUCCCUUUCCGGUUGUCCGGUGCAGCUCGAACCGUUUUAUCUUUCCGCUACCAACCUGCCAGCGAGUGUUUGUACGAUAUUAACGCCAACGUCUCGAUUUGUGCCUCUGACCAGCCUUUCCCAACCAGUACCCCUAGUGCCACCCCCCAGGGGCAACCCUCACCUUCUAAUAUCUCCUACAUAUAUAUCCACUGCAGAAACAAUCCUACACGGUCCAACCCUCACCGGUCCAAGUGCCUAUGCAAAUUUGGAAAUCCUAUUUUUUCUGUUUUAAACAAUGCCUAUGUCUCCGACGGGCCCCUUGAAUUAACCCCGACAGUGAACAAUGAACAAAAACCCAACACAAGGUCACUAGAUGUGCUGGAUAUGGAUAUAGAUUUAGAAUUACAGCCUGAUGGUGGAUCCAGGAUUGGUUUAGCAGCAAGCAGUCGUCCACAUCUACAGGAUGGUCACCAGUCGGAACCAUGGAGUGAUAAGAACCAGCAGCUUGAAAGUAGGUCUCAAACAGUCCUUAAGAAAAAUGUUGAAUUUUCACCCAGCCACAAACCAGUGCAACCCCAGAAUUUUAUUUUUUGUCAGGUGACUGAUUUGACGUCGAUAUCGUUGCAUCACUUGAAAUCAUUGGCUGCAGUGGAUUUGGGUUCAAAUAGCAUCAGAGCUGUACCCCGCAAGUUUUUUGUCGGCUUAGCCAAUUUAAAAUACAUUUCUCUCUCUCACAAUCCUAUUGAUAUACUACCGGAUGGAGUGUUUUGUGGUCUGAAAAACUUGACUUACUUAGACUUAAGUAACCUUCACUUGUCCGGGUAUCCAUCAAUUGCAUUUUUGUGCCACCGGGUGUCGCCACCAAUCCGUUACAUUGACAUUAGUCAGAACAGCAUCGAAACUCUGUCUACUGAGGCCUUAACGACACUUGCAUCGUCUCUCAUAUUCCUCAAUCUCUCCAGUAAUGCUAUUAACCAUAUACAUUCGUCUGCCUUCCAAAACAGCCGUGUCUUGAGGACCUUAGAUCUCUCUUUCAAUCGUUUGUCCGAGUUACCAGCUCGGUUAUGCCAGGGACUUGAAGCCCUUCGUCACCUUUACAUCUCAUCCAACCGUAUCUUCGUCCUACACGCUUUACCACUGAUCAACUGCACCAGACUCCUGCAUCUGGAUUUAUCUUCGAACAUCAUUAAUCACAUCCCACAACAUCUCAACCUUUCGUCUCUGCAACUCCUCAACCUCAGCGCCAACGAUUUAAGGUCCCUAACUCCGUCUAUGUUUAGUGCCUUUCCUUUGCUAAAACAACUUGAUCUCUCACAGAACAAAAUCAAACUCAUCGAAAAGAACAGCAUUUCUUUGUUCCCAGCUUUGCAGUCCCUCAAUUUGAGUCGCAACCGUCUCGAGGACGGAUUGAACUUCAAUGUUAUCUUUCAGCAUUUAGGGUCUUUAACGGUUUUAGACCUCAGUUCUAAUGUUAUCACAUCACUGGGCAACAACAGCUUUGCUCACCUUCAGAACUUAGAGCAUCUAGAUCUUUCCCAUAACUUCCUCAGUUUCUUUAACCGUUUGGUAUUCAGAAAACUGUCCAGAUUGAAAGAACUGAAUCUUAGGGCAAACAUGAUAUCACUGUUGUCACGUGGGGCAUUUGAAGACCUCGCUGAUUUACAAAUACUAGAUUUAUCCGAAAACGACCUUGUAACUAUUGAAAACCAGGCCUUCCCCCAAUGCCCGUUUACUCUGAACUUGAGCAGGAAUUCUUUACAAGUAGUUCCAGCCGGUCUGAAGAACACAUCGAUACAGCAUCUUGACAUGAGAUGGAACUACAUAAGAAAACUGCAUUUCCAGGCGUUUCAUGAUAUGGGGCGCCUCGAACAUUUACAAGUAGGACACAACCACAUUGAAGAGGCCAUUCCUGGAGCCUUUUCUAGCUUAUCUAACCUAAAAACCCUCUCGCUUGACCACAAUAAAUUAAAUAUUGAUUUUGAAGAAAAUGUUUUUCAAGGCUUGGAAAGUUUAGCAUCCAUAAACCUCGCCUACAACAACAUCCAUCGUCUCUCGGACAUUUUCAGAUACCCCGCCUUACAGCGUGUGCAAUAUCUCAAUAUAUCACACAAUCCUAUAAAAUCGAUAGGGGAUUAUCUCUUUCCACCCACUUACCCUGUACGAGGUGCCAUCCGAAAGCUUUCUCUUGACAGUUGCAACAUAACCGAAAUUAUUCCGUUUGCUUUCAACAACCUGGAGAACCUGACCGCCAUCUCUUUGCGGGAUAAUUUCCUCACUCGUUUCAAACCGUUUGUCGUGAUGUCCUCGGGGUUGUCUGUACUCCUACAUGGCAACCCAAUCGUUUGUUCAUGUGAAAUGCGUUGGCUUAAAGAGCAACAACAACAACAGCAACAACAACGGCAGCAGCAGAAGCGAAGUUUUGCAAUGGAGAAACUUUCUGAAUCUACGUAUCAUGUAGAAGAAUGCACAUUUGAGCACAGCCCCGACCGGAAACCCAUUCUCACUACAAGCAUAAACGAAUUCCUCUGCAUAUCAAAAAUAGAAUGCAGCACGAAGUGUGACUGCUUCGCAGGUAAAGAGGCUGGUUCACCGCUGCGGACGCUCUGUUCUCGAAGACUGACCACUUUGCCUGAUGUCAUAGCAUCCAGCACGGUCCAACUGUAUCUGGAUGGCAAUGAUUUCUCAUCCCUCGGUCAACUGACCAGUUUGUCCGAACGCAAACGAAUGCAGACGCAAGAGCUGUACUUGAACGCUAGUCAAAUCAGCUCCAUCGGCGAGGACUUCCUCAAGAGGUUCCCAGAACUGCGGGUCCUCCGACUCAACAAAAAUUCGAUGUUGACUUUACCGGCGUUUGUCUUUGGAAACCUCGUCCUUCUCAGAGAACUUUACCUCAACGAUAACAGCAUGAAUCAUUUUGACGAAAAUGUAUUCCAUGGUUUACGAUCCCUAAGACACCUUGAUCUUAGCGGUAACAAGUUCCGUGUGAUCGAGGCACAUACCCUGGCUGAAUUCAGCCAUAUUAGAACCUUACGGUCAAUCCAGCUGGAGCGAAACCCAUGGCAGUGCGCUUGCGACAAUCAACAGUUCUACCAUUGGCUUAAUUACAAUUACACAAUUGUGCGUAACAGGAGAGACAUACGGUGUAACCACAAGAUCGUUGUUGACCAACGUCCGUCUGCAUUUAAGUGUCAGCCGUCCUUAACCAGGAAAAUCGUUGUGAUUGGCCUCAUAAUGUCUGUGAUUAUAUUAGCAUUUUGUUUAGCUUUCUUCGUAAGAUAUCGCCGUGAAUGUGUGGCCUGCAUCUAUGUCAAGCUGGGGUUGCAGUGUUGUCGGUACAGAGAUCGAUCGUGCAGGCCAUUCGAUAUCUUUCUCGUUUAUGAUCGGCGAGAUGAGGACUGCCGCAAAUGGAUUGAAUCGACCUUGCUACCCAGGCUCGAGUACAGCGGGAAGCACGCUUUCAAGAUUUUCUAUCCAGACCGCAACGCCAUCACCAUCAUCAGGGGUAGAUCCAGGGCCGGAAACGCUGCCACAACGCCUCCCCGCAGCGUUUGCACCGCGCCGCCGCCGCCGCCGCCGCUGACUCCGUUGCUGACACCACCACCACCACCAACACCAACACCAACACCGCCGCCGCCGCCAAGGAGAGCAACUACGGUAACGACACAAGCAAUGCCACUGUUCCCACAGGUGCCACCGCCACCACCUCCAACAACACAGACCUUCCUGCAGCCAUCAGCGCCACCACCAACGCCACCACAGUUACUACUACGAACUACAACAACAACAACAACAACAACGCCGCCGCCACCGCCACCAGCCCCACCGGUAACCUCGCUGCUGCCAUCAGCCAGUGUCGCUGCACAAUGGUUAUCGUGUCCCGCGGCACUGGCUCCAGCCCGUCAUGCAUGGCGGCACUAAGGGUCGCCGUUGCUCUCUCUAAGGGCCAGAUUUUGAUGGGUGUGGGUGGAAGCAGUGGAGGGGUAUACGAUGGUGACGAUGACGACGACGGCAGCCAUGGGAGCAGGUUCGGAGGAGAGCGAGGGAGAGGAGAGCAAGGAGAAGUCGAC